GGGGUGGUCUGUUAGGAAAUACCCCCCACCCCCCCAGAUGAACCAGCACCUCACCUGGAUCCAAAACAGGAAGUGGGAGUGUUCUUACCAUCUGACUGAAUGUAAAUCUCCACUAUAGUAAAGGGAACAAAAACCCAGAUGUGGAUCUGAAUCACGAGUUCCUCUUGUGAAAUGUGAAUGUCUGAUGUUUAGCAUUAAAACCAAAAGUCAGUAGAAACAUUCGUAGCGAGUCAUUUUAAUGACUAUAACCUUUUUUAAAUCGAAAUCGUGUUUAUUGUCUCAUCAGUGAUUCACUAUUUGCACAAAGUCACAAAAUAUUUCUGAUCACGUCGAACGUCAAGAACUCUCGGGACAAUGUUUCCCACAAUGCACUGCUUUGUAGUCCUCACAGUGCCAGACUUCCAGCUGCUCUCUCCUGGGGAGGCGCUUUGCACCCGCCCCUUCCUCGCAAUAUGUUUAUGAUGAUUGACAGGUGAGGUCAGAGCAGAAACUACCCAGCAUGCACCUCAAUCCAGGUGAUCUGCACAGCGCUGCGUCCGCCUGUGUCACCUCAAACAGGUGGAAGUGUUUUGGAUGUUCAGAGGAGCUCCACACAGCUGCAGCCAUGACCCCACAGCUCACUGGAGGCUCCGCCCCUUAACCUUCCGGCGUGUCUGUGCAGGUGUACGAGGUCGUCUGGUGGAUCCAGCUGGUCAUGGGUGUCCUCAGCGUCCUGGGCUCCGGCUCCAUCAUCGUCUGUCUGAUCUCACAGAGGCUCAGCAGGAAGCCAGAGCUGCAGCCCCUCUUCCUGCUCAGCGUGGCCGACCUGCUGCUCGCCGCCUGCUGGCUGGUGGGCGCCGUCUUCUUCUCUCUGCGCUGCGGCGUCCUCAACAGCCUCUGCUACAACCUGCACAUCCUGGAGCAGAUCUUCUUCAUGGCGUCCUUCUGCUUCACCCUGACCUACGUGUGGAACCUGUACCAGGCCAUCCGGGAGAAGUUCAACAGCUGCCUCAGCGGACACUCUGUGCAGGUCUCCAACAGGAUGAGUACCGGGGCCAAAACCGCCGCCAUCUUGUCCUGGCUGGGUCCAGUUCUCUUCAUGCUCCCCGUGUUCGUCAUAGGAAACAUGAACGUCUGUCAGACGAACUCCAGUCAGCCGUACAAGUGUCUGCUGAUGCAAACGGACGCGCUGUACCGGACGUCACAUGGCCAUCAGCUGAGCGCGAGCUGCAGUCUGCUGCACACCUACCGCAUGGUGGUCUUCCUCGUCACCUUCCUCCUCACCCUCAGCAGCAUCAUAGUGCUCGUCGCUAAAGCACGCCACUUCCACGUCCGGGCCAUGGCGUCCAACGGCAUCGUGGGCCCGGAGCAGCGCGCGGCCCUGCGGGUCCUGGACCAGCGGGUGGUGCUGUACCCGCUGGUGUUCGUCCUCUGCUGGGGUUCAGCGGUGGCGCUGGCCUUCCUGCGUGUGGCCAAGCCCUCCACGGGUCACGGCAGGGCGGCGGCUGGCCUCUACAUCACUCAGGCCCUCACCUCCGCCUCUCAGGGUUUCCUCAACUGUCUGGUCUACGGCUGGACGUCGGUGCACCUGCGGCGGGUGGGUCUGACGGCGCUGACCCGGGACGCCAACCCUCAGACGCCUCUGCUGCAGUCUCAGAAGACCAGGAGCUACAAGGGUCUGAGGGCCUUCUGCUGAGGGGGCGGAGCCUUUCACUUUCAGCUGAGAGGACCGCAGUCGGGGGGGGGGUUCCACGGAGAGGAAGAGCUUCACAGAAACAGGAUUUGAAAAAGUCUGGGUGGUGGGGGGGGGGUCCACCUGUGAGGAGGAGCAGCAGAAACCUGCAGUCAGAAUGCAGGGAAAAACGUGGUCCUGCACAGGCACGUGGCAGCCAGCAGCAGGAAGUCAAGACUGGACACUAUCAAAAUAAAACCGCUUUGCAGUGAUAGGGAGACCGGGUCAGAACCGGGUCUGGAUGAAAGUAAAACGGGAGUUUGUAUUUCCAGAAUGAGGACGACGUUUUUCUGCCAUCAUGAACUAAUGUGCAUUUGUCUAAAAAACGAAUUUAAUCUGCCCCUCCAGACUCCCCCUGAGUGUUUGUUGAACCCAAAUCUUGUUCUUUUCCUUCAUUUUAGGUGCUUUAUGUCUUUGAUCAUAUUUGGAUUGUAUUUGUUUAAAUGUCUGUGAAAAAUGUGAGAGUUUUGUUAAAAUAGAGUUCAAGUGAACAAAA